AUGUCUCUGACCAGUCCAACCAAAAUCGACGUCUCUCGACCCGUCCUCGCUCACUUCACCAGCAACCAUCCCAAUGGUUUUCUUGCACCCCCAAUUGCCACGUCCGACUCCACAAGUCUAGAAGCCGUGCUUGAACUCGCAGACGGUGCCGCAUAUCGAGGCAUUAGCUUUGGGGCUGAGGGUAAGAGUGUAGCGGGAGAAUGUGUUUUUCAAACCGGUAUGGUCGGAUAUACCGAGUCCCUCACGGAUCCUUCGUAUGAAGGUCAAAUCCUGAUCUUGACCUACCCACUCAUUGGAAAUUACGGUGUUCCUGCGCGUCCAACAUCGGCUUCCGUCGAAGCCAUUCCACCUGACUUCGAGUCUUCGCGCAUUCACGUCGCGGCCGUGGUUGUUAGUUCGUACUCUGAAGAGUUCAGUCACUUUCUGGCGCAUACUUCUUUGGGUGUAUGGCUCAAGGAAAGCGGGAUUCCUGCACUUUACGGCAUAGACACGCGUGCACUCACGAAGAAAAUUCGCGAGAAGGGUUCUAUACUUGGUAAAGUUUUGGCCCGACAAAAAGACUCACCUGUUGAUAGGCGGUUAUCGUUAAUGAGCCCAGCGUCUCUACCGGCUUCACGUACACCCUCUCCAGGAGGGAACGGUAUCUGGCGUGAGGAUUACAUUGAUGUGCCAUUCCGCGAUCCAAAUCAAGAUAACCUCGUGGCUCUCGUUUCUGUCUCCUCCCCUCACAUCUACAAGCCGACGGUAAAGGCGCGGAUGCACCCCUCCGGCAAACGACCACUUCGCGUCCUUGCCGUCGAUGUUGGCAUGAAGUUCAACCAGAUCCGCUGUUUCACGCACCGUGGAAUCGAGUUGAAGGUGGUUCCAUGGGAUUAUGACUAUUUGGCGUCAGCGGAGGAGCCUUUCGAUGGGCUCUUUAUUUCCAAUGGUCCUGGUGAUCCUACCAUGGUCAAGCCUACCAUAGCUCGUUUGGCAAGGGCUAUGCAGGGCGAGGAUCGUCCGAUUUUCGGUAUCUGCCUCGGACAUCAGCUUUUAGCUCUGGCUGCUGGUGCUUCGACCUCAAAAAUGAAGUAUGGUAAUCGCGGGCAUAAUAUUCCGUGCACGGAUACCCUCAGUGGCCGGUGUUACAUCACAAGCCAGAAUCACGGUUUCCAGGUAGACACGGCGACACUGCCUGAAGGCUGGCACGAACUAUUCCAGAACGCUAAUGACGGAAGCAACGAAGGAAUCUACUGUACCGAUAAACCAUUUUUCUCUGUGCAGUUCCACCCAGAGUCGACUCCGGGGCCGCGCGACACCGAAUUUCUCUUCGAUGUGUUCAUCCAGAAUAUUGUCGACUGCUCUACGAUGGGAAAAGUUGUUCCAAUUUCUAUGCCAGGUGGAAUGAAGGAGGACAAUGAGAAAGCUGCUCCACGCGUGAAUGUGCAAAAAGUGCUCGUUCUUGGUUCUGGUGGCCUCUCUAUUGGCCAGGCAGGCGAGUUUGACUAUUCCGGCUCACAGGCAAUCAAAGCGCUCAAGCAGGAGAGUAUUUAUACCAUCCUCGUCAAUCCCAACAUUGCGACUAUCGCGACGUCGAAGGGUCUAGCUGACAAGGUGUACUUCUUACCGGUCACCCCUGAAUUCGUGCGAAAGAUCAUCAAAUACGAGAAGCCCGACGGUAUCUACGUUACGUUCGGGGGGCAGACUGCUUUGAACGUCGGAAUCAAACUCAAGGACGAGUUCGAGGGGCUUGGAUGCAAGGUCCUCGGAACCCCGAUCGACACCAUCGUUACUACUGAAGACAGGCAGCUCUUCGCAAGUGCAAUGACCGAGAUUGGUGAACGAUGUGCAGACUCCAAGACUGCGACGACUUUGGAUGAAGCAGUCGCUGCGGCCAACACAAUUGGCUUUCCGGUCAUCGUCCGCGCUGCAUACGCUCUAGGUGGUCUCGGCUCUGGCUUCGCUAAAGAUGGGAAACAGCUAAAGGCGCUAUGCAGCAAGGCAUUCGCCACUAGUCCGCAGGUCCUAGUGGAGAAGAGCAUGAAGGGCUGGAAGGAAAUCGAAUACGAGGUUGUCAGAGACUGCCGCGAUAAUUGCAUCACAGUUUGCAACAUGGAGAACUUCGAUCCACUUGGCAUCCAUACUGGUGAUUCGAUCGUCGUUGCUCCUUCGCAAACGCUUUCAGAUGCCGACUACAACAUGCUCCGUACGACAGCGAUUAAUGUGAUUCGACAUCUCGGGGUUGUGGGCGAGUGCAACAUCCAGUACGCAUUGAACCCCAUCUCCAGGGAAUACUGCAUUAUCGAGGUCAAUGCUCGUUUAUCCCGGUCCUCUGCGCUUGCGUCGAAAGCGACAGGCUAUCCUCUCGCCUUCAUCGCGGCCAAGCUCGGUCUCGGAAUCCCGCUGAAUGAAAUCCGCAACUCGGUGACGAAGGUCACCAGUGCAUGCUUCGAGCCCAGCUUGGACUAUGUCGUUGUUAAAAUACCGCGGUGGGACUUGAAGAAGUUCAGCCGUGUCAGCAGACUGCUCAGCAGUAGCAUGAAGAGCGUAGGGGAAGUUAUGAGUAUAGGUCGCACGUUUGAGGAGACCUUUCAGAAGGCUAUCCGCGCAAUUGACGAUCAAUUCUCUGGGUUUGCAAAGAAUGAUUUCGUGGAGGACAUCGACGAGGAACUCUUGAAUCCAACCGACAAACGCAUUUUCGCCAUCGCGACUGCUUUCUACCGGGGAUACAGUGUGGAUAAGAUCUGGCAGAUGACGAACAUCGACAAGUGGUUUUUGACGAAGCUGCAGUCAAUUCACCAUAUGGAGGUGUACCUAUCGUCGUAUAACAUCUCGAGCCUCGGGAAGGAUCUGCUCAGACAAGCAAAGCAGCUUGGAUUCUCCGACCGUCAACUUGCUGCAUGCAUAGGAUCGACCGAGCUCGCUGUACGCCGACUACGUCAGGAGCAUGGCAUUGCCCCUUUCGUGAAGCAGAUCGAUACGGUUGCAGCCGAAUUCCCCGCGUUCACGAAUUAUCUGUACACCACGUACAACGCUGUCGAGCACGAUAUCACAUUCGAGGAUCGGGGCGUCAUGGUGCUUGGGUCUGGUGUGUACCGCAUCGGAUCCUCUGUGGAGUUCGAUUGGUGCGCUGUCCGCGCCAUCAGAACGCUACGUGACAAUGGUCUGCCGACCGUCAUGGUGAAUUACAACCCCGAGACCGUUAGCACAGACUACGACGAGGCCGACAGGUUGUACUUCGAGAACAUCAGCUUGGAGACCAUCUUGGAUAUCUACGACACAGAGAGCUCUCGCGGUGUCAUCAUCUCCAUGGGUGGACAGACGCCAAAUAAUAUCGCUCUUCCGCUGUACCGUCAGAACGUCAAGAUCUACGGAACGUCUCCGGAGAUGAUUGAUACUGCGGAGAACAGGUUCAAGUUUUCUCGCCUGUUAGAUGAGAUAGGCGUGGACCAACCUUUGUGGAAGGAAUUGUCGAACUUCGACGAUGCCCACACCUUCUGUAAGAAGGUUGGCUAUCCUGUACUCGUCCGACCUUCGUAUGUUCUCUCGGGUGCAGCGAUGAAUGUGGUCUUCAGCCAGGACGAUCUAUCAAGCUACCUGUCUCAAGCUACUGCCGUCUCUCGUGAGCACCCCGUCGUCAUCACAAAGUACAUUGAAGGCGCAAAGGAGAUCGAGAUGGACGCUGUCGCAAAGGACGGCAAGAUGAUAAUGCAUUAUAUCUCCGAGCAUGUCGAGAAUGCGGGCGUGCACUCUGGGGAUGCUACUCUGAUCCAUCCGCCACAGGACUUGGACCCGGAGACUGUUCGUCAAAUCGAAGAGGCAACUGCGAAGAUUGGCAACGCUCUCAAUGUCACCGGUCCGUUCAACAUCCAGUUUAUAGCUAAAAACAACGAGAUCAAGGUGAUUGAGUGCAAUCUCCGUGCCGCUCGUUCGUUCCCCUUCGUCUCUAAAGUCACUGGCGUGGAUGCCAUCGAGAUGGCGACAAAGGUGAUGUUGGGUCUGCCUGUUGAACCAUAUCCCCACAUUCCAUUGCCUGCGGAUUACGUCGGUGUCAAGGUACCGCAGUUCAGCUUCAGUCGGCUCUCUGGAGCCGAUCCGGUGCUUGGAGUGGAGAUGGCAUCAACAGGAGAGGUCGCGUGCUUCGGAAGGGACAAGUACGAGGCAUAUCUCAAGGCUUUGAUUUCCACUGGUAUCGUCCUUCCCAAGAAGAAUAUCUUGUUCUCUAUCGGUGGCUUCAAGGAAAAGCUGGAGUUGCUCCCGUCAGUACAGAAAUUGCGCGCUGCUGGAUACAGUAUCUUCGCCACCUCAGGUACGGCAGAUUUCCUGACUGAGCAUAACGUUCCUUGCAAGUAUCUGGAGACCCUCGGGGAGGAUAGUGAGCAGAAGUCUGAGUAUUCUCUUACUCAGCAUCUCGCGAACAACCUCAUUGAUAUGUAUAUCAACCUUCCAUCGAAGAACCACUAUCGCCGACCUGCCAGCUACGCCAGCAAGGGCUACCGCACUCGCCGUAUGGCGGUUGACUUCGCUGUGCCGUUGAUCACUAACGUCAAGGUGGCGAAAUUGUUUUUUGAAGCCCUCGUUCGCAAGAUGCCUCUGGAAGUCUCCCCUGUGGAUUUCAGGACCUCGCACGAGACGCACACGUUUCCUGGCCUCGUUAACAUCGCUGCGUUUGUUCCCGGACUCAUGCAACUCAAUAAUAACGAGAUUGCCGGUGCUACCAAGGCGUCUCUUGGUGGCGGCUUUGCCACAGUUCUCGUACUACCUGCCGGAGAGAAGGACAAGAUAACUGAUCACACUUCGCUUGAACGAGUCCGCAAGGCCAUCGCUGGAUCGUCGUACUGCAACUAUGCUUUGAACGUCACCGCGACAGCUACCAAUACGAAGUCCCUCGAUGACGAGAUCGAGGCAGAUGUGAAGUUCCUGUACAUUCCAUUCCACUACAACGACGCAGAUAGCCAGGUCUCCGUGGUCGCUGCACAUUUCGCUUCGUGGCCCGCCGACAAGCCUAUCGUGACCGACGCUAAGGGCUCCGACCUUGCCCCUAUGCUCCUCCUCGCAGGGCUACACGAUCGCAGCCUCCACAUCAUGAACGUCCAGAGCAAGGACGACAUGCUUCUCAUCUCCCUCAGCAAGGCGAAGCAGCUUAAGGUCACGUGCGACGUUUCCGUCUACACUCUGUUCUUCACACGCGAACAAUUCCCCGGCGUCACUUGUCUGCCUACCAUUGAGGACCAGAAUAUGCUAUGGCAGAACCUAGAUGCGAUCGAUACGUUCUCUAUUGGUACGGUCCCCUACCAGCUUGCCCGGGAGCUCGACAAGGAGGGCACCGUAUGGUCCGGCAUCGAGGAGGCCCUCCCCCUGCUGCUGACCGCUGUCGCCGCAGGCCGGCUCACGAUGGAUGACAUCCGCCAGCGUCUGCACGACAACCCCAUCCGGAUCUUUGGUCUCCCCGACCAAUCCCAUGCGGGCGUUGAGAUCGUCGUCGGGCGCAAGUCUCUGUUCAGCAACAGAGGCAAGGUGUGGUCCCCGCUCGACGGGACGAUGGUGAACGGCGGGGUGCACAGGGUCCUUGUGCAUGGACAGACCGCUUUCCUGGAUGGCGAGGUGACCACUGGGCCGGUCGGACGAGACAUUUCCAGCGCGACGAUUACUCACGCGCCUGCGGAGAGGUCGAUGUCUAUCUCCGGUCCAAGGCCCGAGUUCGGCGUGGCGAUGCCCUUGGCUUCUAAGGCAGCAGAUGCUGCAGCGCAGACGCAGCCUGUGCCAGCGACGACGACGGCAGCACCAUUUUCCACCGCUGUCGCGCCCUUGCAGGGGCCGGCUGCCAUGCUCUCGCACCUGCUCCCGCACCCCGCGUUCCACCGGCGGCACAUCCUGUCGGUGAAGCAGUUCACGCACAAGGACGUGCACGACCUGUUCUCCCUCGCGCACGAGAUGCAGCUGCAGGUCGAGCGCAAUGGCACGCUAGACGUGCUGAAGGGCAAGGUGCUAUGCACGCUCUUCUAUGAGCCGUCGACGCGCACGACGUCCUCGUUCGACACCGCGAUGAAGCGAUGCGGCGGGGAGGUCGUGAACGUGAACGUGGACAUGUCGUCCGUGCUCAAGGGCGAGACGCUCCCAGACACGAUCAGAACGCUCGGCUGCUAUGCGGACGCGAUCGUCAUCCGGCACCCCGAGAUCGGCAGCUCGCAGCUGGCGGCCAAGUUCUCGCCCGUGCCGAUCCUGAACGCCGGAGACGGAGUUGGGGAGCACCCCUCGCAGGCGCUGUUGGACGUGUACACGAUCCGGUCGGAGCUGGGAACGGUCAAUGGGCGCACGAUCACGCUGCUCGGGGACCUCAAGAACGGGCGGACCGUGCACAGCCUGGUGACGCUGCUCUGCCUGUACUCGGUGCGGCUGAAUUUCGUGUCACCACCGUCGCUCGCGAUGCCGACGAGCGUCGUCUCUGCCGCGCGGCGCGCGGGCGUGCACGUGCGGAUCUGCGAGUCGCUGGAGGAUGUGCUCGGAGAGACGGACGUGCUGUACGUGACGCGGCUGCAGAAAGAGCGCUUCAAGUACGAAGGGGCUUGGCAGUCGGUCAAGGACGCGUACCGGAUCGACCACGCGCUGCUCUCGCGCGCGAAGGAGGAGAUGAUUGUCAUGCACCCGCUGCCGCGAGUCAAUGAGAUUGACCCGGAUGUGGACUUUGACUCGAGGCGGGCGGUAUAUUUCCGACAGAUGCGCUAUGGGCUCUUCAUCCGGAUGGCGCUGCUAGCCAGCGUGAUGGGCUGA